CUGAUUUUAAAUCUACUUUUACUAUCGCUUUUACAGACCAAAGACUUCUCAUUGUUGAUUGUAUUUUUCAUUAAGUUACAGAAAACUGAAAGUGUGAUGGCAAGUGAAUUACCUCUGUCCACUGCUCAAAGUGGGGGUCAUGAAGUCAGACAUUCGCCGUCUCUGCUGGAUGUUCUCAAUCCAAAUCAGUUCCAAGGAGAUUCUUUAGAUGCUCAUCUUUGUCAGCAGACGGAAGAAAACUUUUACCGAGGGGCCCCACCCACAUGGUUAAACUUUUACAUAAGUGAACAGUUGGAGUCAGACGGCCAAGGAACUCCUUUUGUCAAACGGGAUGGAUACAGUAAACUUGUGGAACAAAUUUGUGAAAGGAAACGCCCUAGAAUGUCCACGGUUAAACUGUACCACCAGACAGGAUGUGGGGGAACCACACUGGCUAUGCAGGUGUUGUGGGACAUGAGGAAAACCUUCAGGUGUGCCGUUUUAUCAGGGUCAUCCUCAGACAUCACAAAAAUAGCGAAAGAGGUGGUGCACCUUUUCACAGCCGGUGGUCAAGGCCACCAGAAGACUGUGCUGCUGUUACUGAAUGAUGAGCAGAUUUUGGAAAACCUGCAAGACAACAUUAUGAUGGAGAUCGCUGAACAGACAAUAGUCACCCGUGUGUCUGUGGUGAUUUUCUUCACCUGCAUUAGAAAGAAUGUAGUUUUGCAGAACGACCACGUCGUCCUAGAAGCAGCACUUUCUGACACAGAGAAGCAAAAAUUCAAUGAGAAGAAGGAGGAGCUCCACAGAAGGUUUAGCAGUGAACAAUGCGAACAGUUCCACGGUUUCAACAUAUUACAAACUAAUUUCUCUCAAGAAUAUGUCAAACAAGCGUGCAAAGUGAUCUGUCCUGUCCCAAGAUCAAAUAGAUCAAAGAGGAUCCAGCUUGUUGGCUUCCUAUCCCUGCUGAAUGCCUACGUACCAGGCUCAUAUCUCCUGGAGAAUCAGUGCCUCGACCUGUUCAAACAUGAAGACUACAGAUUUGGAGACCUUCCACUGGAGGACAGAAUGAAGCCCUUUAGAAACCUCAUCAUCACCUUCCAACAAGAUCCAAGAUCUGAAAACAGAGUCCGCAUGGCUCACCCAAUGAUAGCACAGUGUUGUACUGAACUGAUGGCUGAGGCAGGUGUGACCAGAAGUGACACAGCAAGAAACUUCUUGACCCAUUUGUGCAGAGAUGAUGUUCCUCCAUUUUUGCUUGGUUUUGUCAAAGACAUGCUGACCAAAAGAGAAAUGAAAAUGAAAGAGAACCCAAUCAACAGUACAGAGAUCACAGAAGAACCAGAAAGAUUUUCUAGACUGAUUCUAGAUAUUCAAAAGAAGGAGAGCGAAACUGAGAGCGCAUCAGUAUUGAAGGUGGCCUCAGAGAAAUUUGAUCAAAAUCCAUUUUUCCCACAAGCACUUGCACGAUUUUACUACUUAGAACUAAAAGACUACAAUCAAGCAGAAUUGUGGGCAAAAAGAGCGAAGCAAAGAGAUCCCCAAAAUUCAUUCAUUGCUGAUACACUGGGCCAAGUCCAUAAGAACCACUUGAAGAACACAGAGUCUCCAAUCAAAACAAGAGAAAUCUUGCAGCUGGCCACGAAGGCCAUCAACGCUUUCAAAGAUGAAGAACGACUUGCUGAAAACGAACAGGGGACAGAUAUGAAAGAGGAUGGCAAGACCAAUGUCUCUAGUAUUUUUAACACCAGAGGGCAGGCUGGUUACCUGCAGGUUUGCAACCUUGUGUAUGACCGACUAGUCAAUCAGAACGAAACCUGGAAAGGAGUUCUUACAAAGGUUGUACCCAUCAAGUCUGUCCUGGAAUUACCCAGAGACAACCAAUCUGAUGAUGAUCUGAUAAAGAGCCUCAGAGAUGAGGUUGCAAAAAAGUGUGCAUUUUUUGAUAAAUAUCUGAGCUACUCAAAGCCAGACAUGAAUAAAGAUGAUCCAUCAUACCUUUACGAAGACAUAGCAGAAUGCUACAGGAAGUAUGUCAGAAACUCGCCACCAGAACAUGUCAAAGAAAAAGGGGCUGAUUUCAUCCAGAAGCUUGAACAAAACGUGGUUGACACCUCUGCUGGACCGCUCUCAUGUCUUGACGGAGAAUACAGCAAAUCAGAGCUUAAAGAAAUAAUCACACAGUGGGAAGAUUUCUCUCUCCGCAAAGAUUCGGUAACAGCUCUGGUCAACUACAUCUUUGCUCAUGUCAUGUUAAUGAACAGGGGGGAGGUACUUCCCCAUGAAUGCAAGUCUUUGACGGCAUUUAGAAAGAAAAUGCCCCUGAGCACUGACGAGUCACCCGAGAGCCACAUGUUAGCCCUCCUCUUGUACUGGCCUACAGACGAUGAGGACAAAUGUGCCUCAGUUUGUCAACUAAUUGAGUGUAUGCGCCUCUCUUAUAAACAAGCAUAUGAGAAAUACCUUGGAUCAAGACACCUCUGCCCUCUGUUUUUCAUUGGAAAAGCUCAAGGUCUGAACAGAAUUGUCCACAGAAAGACCCUCGAGGAAUUGUUUGAGCGAAAUGAUGAUACAAUUCAAGAUUGGAGCAACAACUGGAGUAGUGAGAAGAUUUUCAAAGAUCCCACGGUCCAAGAUCGCCUUCUAAAAGUAGAUGGCGUGGUGCGAAACUACAGACUUUACGCAACUGUUGGUGGCACCAAGAUCCGGGUGGAUGCAAACAUGAGAAACAGACUGUGGAAACCACGGCAAGUUUCCUUUUACCUUGGAUUCACCAUCAGAGGUCCUGUGGCGUUUGGCAUCCAGACAAAAACUGCACAAAGGGCAGAGGACUCACAGACAGAAUCCAAACUUCACAACAUCACUACAGAACCCGCUGUGAGGAUGAAGUUUGGAGCAAGCUGCCGUAAAAUUGACUCCAGUGAUUUGACCAAGCUUCAACCUGAAGUGAUCAAAGUCGAUGACGUUAACACCUUUAGCCUCCAGUCUGAUGCAGGUCAGUAUGAAUGCAGUGUGUCUGCCCUGCGCUGGGUUUGUAAGGACAAGGUCAGCUUCACAUACCAGUUUCGCUCAUGGGAGGAACAUAUGAGGAGGUCGCUGUGCAAGGGUUACAUGCAGGCUGGACCUCUGCUGGACAUCAGCGUCACAUCUGGAAACAUAGAGGAGCUGCAUCUGCCUCACUGGAUCUGCAUAGAUCGAAACGUCACCGUGUCGGACAUGUUUGCAGUUCUACAUGUGGACGCCAGUGACAGUGUCGUUGGCAAUGUUGUGGAACCAGUGCCUGUAGUGACAACGUCCCACAUCAUGUUCUCCCAGCCCACUUUCUCGCCAAAAGGGAUCAUGAUCCGAAAGAAACCGGGCAUUCCGAUUUACUGUGACGUGUUGAUAUACAAAAGAAUCAAAGAAUUCCUCACAUUGGAUGUUUACCUGGUGCCACGUGAUCCCGCACUAAAACAGGAAGUGGAACAAAACUCCUGCGGAUCAGUAAUAAUCUCAAAACCAGGCCCAGACAAGUCUCUCCAAAUGGGAGCUAAUUUCCUCCUCACAACAGACCAGGCAGACGUGAUCAUUCAACCGAGUACACGAGAGCUCAGAUAUGAUAGCAGAAAUGUCUUUGAGGUGUUCAUCAGAAAUGCAGACAGCGACUUCACCCUCAGGCUUGAAAGUGAGCAGCAAACUGUCUGGACAUGUACUAUUCAAAAAGGUGACUAUCAAAAUCAAAGCACUGACCGUGUACAAGGAGCUGGAGGUGGAGCAGAAGAUGCUGGACCCAGUAGAUGUCCAGCGACCUGAAUGUACUGCUCCAACAGCGAAACACUUUUAGUUAUGAAAGAGUGACAUCUUUAAGGAAAUGAAGCUCCUAAAUCUUU